AUGAGCAAGGUAGAGAUGGGCGAGGAGGAGCAAGACGAUAGAGCAGUAGAUGACCCAGAGAAGAAGAUGAACAAGGCGUCAUCUGCGAGCACUGUCCCGCCGUUGUCCUCGUCGUCGUUGAGGGAGGCGCUCUCCUCCACCUCCUCCUCGUCCCUGAGAGAGCAACAUCACGAUCACGAUGAAGAGGUGGAGCUGAAAUGGGCGGCCAUCGAGCGGCUGCCCACCUGGGACAGGCUCCACGCCUCGCUCCCUCUCCAUGCCAACGCAACUCAUCCGUUGGAGCCGGUAGACGUGCGCCGGCUGGGGGCGGUGGACCGGCGGGAGCUGGUGCACACCCUCAUCGCCGACAUCCACGAGGACAACCUCCGCCUGCUCCGGCACCAGCGCCGCAGGAUGGACAGGGUCGGCGUGCGGCAGCCCACGGUGGAGGUCCGAUGGCGGAACCUGCACGUCGACGCCGAGUGCCAGGUCGUCGAUGGCAAGCCGCUCCCCACGCUCCUCAACUCCGCCAUCUCCACGUUCUCGCUGCUCACCACCAUGCUCGGCUUCAACCGUAACCAAGAAAGGAUCCACAUCCUCAAAGAUGUCACCGGCAUCCUCAAACCCUCCAGGAUGACCCUUCUCCUUGGACCCCCAGGCUGUGGCAAAACCAUCCUUUUGCUAGCACUUGCUGGAAAGCUCAACAAAAGUCUCAAGGUAACAGGAGAAAUUGACUACAAUGGUGUCAAGCUGCAAGAUUUUGUUCCAGAGAAGACAUCAGCGUAUAUUGGUCAGUACGAUCUUCAUGUCCCUGAGAUGACUGUCAGGGAGACACUCGACUUCUCUGCAAGAUUCCAGGGCGUUGGCAGCAGAGCAGAAAUCAUGAAGGAAGUCAUUAGAAGGGAGAAGGAGGCUGGGAUCAUCCCUGACCCCAACAUAGAUACAUACAUGAAGGCAAUAUCUGUGGAUGGUUUAGAAAGAAGCAUGCAAACAGACUACAUUAUGAAGAUAAUGGGACUUGACAUAUGCGCUGAUGUACUAGUAGGAGAUGCCAUGAGAAGAGGUAUUUCAGGCGGUGAGAAGAAAAGACUAACCACAGGAGAGAUGAUAGUAGGACCAUCAAAAGCGCUCUUCAUGGAUGAAAUAUCAACUGGGCUGGACAGUUCUACCACCUUCCAAAUUGUUUCUUGUCUCCAACAGCUUGCUCAUAUAUCAGAGUCUACCAUACUGGUUUCACUCCUUCAACCAGCACCAGAGACUUACCAACUUUUUGAUGAUAUUAUCUUGAUGGCUGAAGGACAAAUCGUAUAUCAUGGUCCUAGGAGCUGCAUUAUGAGUUUCUUUGAAUCUUGUGGUUUCAAGUGCCCUGGAAGAAAAGGGGAUGCUGACUUCCUUCAAGAGGUCCUAUCAAAAAAAGAUCAACAGCAAUACUGGAGCCGCACCGAAGAAGGAUAUAAUUUUGUUACAGUUGACCAAUUCUGUGAUAAGUUCAAAGCAUCUCAGAGUGGUCAGAAUCUUGCUGGGGAGCUUUCAAAGCCGUAUGACGAAUCAAAAGGACAUAAGAAUGCACUGUCCUUCAGUAUCUACUCGUUAUCCAAGUGGGAUCUCGUCAAGGCAUGUUUUGCACGGGAGUUCCUUCUUAUGAAAAGGAAUGCCUUCAUCUACAUAACAAAAGCCAUUCAGCUUGGACUAAUUGCUGCUAUUAGUGGGACAGGAUUUCUGCGCACCCAUAUGGGUGUUGACAGAAUUCAUGCUAACUAUUAUAUGAGUUCACUCUUCUUUGCGCUUCUGCUGCUGACGGUGAAUGGUUUCCCUGAGCUGGCCAUGGCAAUUAACAGACUGCCAGUCUUCUACAAACAGAGAGACUACUACUUCUAUCCUGCAUGGGCUUAUGCAAUACCAUCUUUUAUCCUAAAGAUUCCAGUAUCUUUAGUUGAGUCAGUAGCUUGGACAUCAAUAUCCUACUACCUGAUUGGAUAUACCCCAGAAGCAUCUAGGUUUUUCUCUCAGCUCCUCAUCCUCUUCCUCAUCCACACAGUAACAUUAUCAAAGUUCCGGUGUGUUGCCUCAUACUGUCAAACGAUGGUGGUUGCUUCAAUCUGUGGCACAUUGACAUUUCUAGUCAUGCUUCUAUUUGGCGGUUUCAUAAUUCCACGUGGCUUAACUGGAAAUGAGUUUUUGGCACCAAGAUGGUUAGAGAUCACGUUAUCUGGUGUAACACUUGGAAAGAGGAUACUAAUGGAUCAAGCACUAGACUUCUCCAGCUACUUCUACUGGAUCUCGGUUGGAGCAUUGAUUGGGUUUACUUUGUUGUUCAAUGUAGGCUUUGCCAUCGGCUUGACCAUUAAAAGUAUUCCAGGAUCUUCUCGUGCUAUUAUCUCUCGCAAUAAGCUUGCCACAUUUGGUGAAAGAAACCAAGAUAAGGAUACGGAAAAUGGGAUGCCUAAUUUACAAGCAGAAACCGCUUUGACACCUAAUAGGACUGGGAGGAUGGUAUUGCCUUUCACACCCCUUACAAUAUCAUUCCAAGAUGUCAACUACUAUGUAGACACCCCCGCGGAAAUGAGGGAGCAUGGUUAUAUGAAAAGAAAACUACAACUACUGCACAAUAUCACAGGAGCAUUUCAGCCAGGGGUUCUCUCAGCCCUUAUGGGGGUUACUGGAGCGGGAAAAACAACACUCCUUGAUGUUCUUGCUGGAAGGAAAACGGGUGGUGUUAUUGAAGGGGAUAUAAGAAUAGGAGGUUAUCCUAAGAUCCAGCAAACUUUUGCUAGGAUAUCAGGCUAUUGUGAACAGACUGAUGUUCAUUCCCCACAAAUCACAGUGGGUGAAUCAGUUGCAUAUUCAGCCUGGUUGCGCCUUCCACCAGAAAUUGAUUCAAAAACAAGAAAUGAAUUCGUAAAUGAAGUUCUUGAAACAAUUGAGUUAGAUGAAAUUAGAGAUUCUUUGGUUGGAGUACCAGGCGUAAAUGGACUAUCGACAGAGCAACGGAAACGGCUCACUAUUGCAGUCGAGCUUGUGUCUAACCCUUCAAUCAUAUUCAUGGAUGAGCCAACAUCAGGCUUGGAUGCAAGGGCAGCUGCUAUUGUCAUGCGUGCAGUCAAGAACGUUGCAGAUACAGGUCGAACAGUCGUGUGCACCAUUCACCAACCAAGUAUCGAUAUAUUUGAGGCAUUUGAUGAGUUGAUGCUGAUGAAAAGGGGUGGAGAGUUGAUCUAUGCUGGGCCAGUUGGACACCAUUCAUGUGAAGUAAUCCAAUAUUUCCAGGCAAUACCUGGGGUUCCAAGGAUCAAGGACAACUACAACCCAUCAACAUGGAUGCUAGAAGUUACUUCCACAUCUAUGGAAGUUCAACUGGGAGCAGAUUUUGCACAGUUGUACAGAGAAUCACCAAUGUGCAAGGACAAGGACAGGGUGGUAAAGCGGUUAAGCGUACCAGUUCCAGGUAUGACCGACCUCCAUUUUGGGACACGGUUUCCACAGAAGUUUCAGGAGCAAUUCAAAGCUUGCCUCUGGAAGCAGUGUUUGUCGUAUUGGAGAACCCCUUCCUACAACAUGGUGCGAUUUGCGUUCAUAACAUUCUCCUGCAUUUUCUUUGGUGCACUGUUCUGGCAGCAAGGCAACAUCAACCAUAUAAACGACCAGCAAAGUCUCUUCACCAUAUUGGGGUGCAUGUAUGGAAUCACUCUGUUCGCUGGCAUCAACAACUGUCAAUCGGUGAUGCCAUUUAUCUCCGUGGAACGUUCUGUCGUUUACAGGGAGAGAUUUGCGGGGAUGUACUCUCCUUGGGCCUACUCUUUUGCGCAGGUUGCCAUGGAGAUACCUUAUGUGCUGAUGCAGGUGGUGCUGUUCAUGUUGAUAGCAUAUCCGAUGAUAGGGUACGCGUGGACAACAGCCAAGUUCUUUUGGUUUAUGUACACCAUGUUUUGCACACUGCUCUGCUUCGUCUACAUGGGAAUGGUGGUGGUGUCGAUCACCCCCAACAUCCAAGUUGCAUCCAUAUUUUCAUCUAUGUUCUAUACCCUACAAAACCUCAUGUCUGGCUUCAUCAUGCCUGCGCCUCAAAUACCGAGAUGGUGGAUAUGGUUCUACUACGUCUCCCCACUGUCGUGGGCGCUAAGGGUCUUAUUCACCACGCAGUUCGGGGAUUACGACGACAGGAUGAUCGACGUAUUUGGAGAGACCAAAUCGGUCCCAGUAUUCAUGAAGGACUACUUUGGUUUUCGGCGCGAUCUGCUGCCGCUGGCGGCUGUUAUUCUGGCGGCAUUCCCGAUCCUUCUUGCCGUUCUCUUUGGUUACAACAUCUCAAAGCUCAAUUUCCAAAGACGAUAG